AUGGAGGUGGAGGAGAUGGCGGAGGAGGCACGGGUGGAGGCGGAGCAGGCCGCGAUCGCCGAGCGCCUCGGUGCCAACCCCGCGGCGACGAGCGCGCUCGGCGGCGACGGCGGUGCCGACGGGUGGAUCGGCGGCGCGCUCCCCGGGCCGGACACGCGCCUGCCCAGGCCAACCACCGGCAGGCUGGCAGCCACGGGUCGGACAGCGCUCGCGGACGUUCGCGUGACCAGGCGAAAGAGACUCCCGCCUUACGCCCUCCGGGACGACGAGAUUCCCGGUGCCCUCGCGGAUGAGCUCGGUCGUAUGCACAGGGGGGUGACGAGCAGGAGGGUCGGCGGGGCCAAGGCUCCGGUUCGGGUGACCACGGCCAACAACUACCUGGAGGUGGCCAAGGGUCUCCUCGGCUGGUACUGCCGGUGCAAGCUCGGCGGGUGGGACGGAGCGACGCCGCCUCAGGAUCCGACACUCCUCAAGACCCACCCGGCGAACGCACCGGAAGAUCUGUCCCUGCGCGACGUGUUUCCGAGCUCUGACGCCGAGGGUGCCGCGCUCGCCAUCGAGUACCUCCAGUGGCUGGACGAGAAGCGGGGCGUGCUGCCGUCCACCGAGGCGUUUCAGCUGCGUUGCCUCAUCGCCCUCGCCAAGUGGCUGCACGGGUCGCAGACAAACGAGCACGGCGCGGCGAUGGAGCAGCCUGUGGUGAUGGAGCUCGUUCGGGUGCAGCGAGGUAACGUCACGCUGGCGACCAAAGGGGAGCACGCCGCGGAUGAGGCUGCCAAGUGGUUGGACUGGCCGGAUUACCUCCGACUCGUCGAGCGGCUCAAAUGGGAGUGCGCGCCCCUGACGCACGUCGGGGACCAGCGCCCGGAUAAAGACGUCGCGAUGGCGGUGCAGCGGUACCUCCUCUUCGCCAUCCUCGCGUGCGUUCCCGACCGUCAAAGGACGCUGCGUGAGCUCGAGCUGGGUCGGACGCUCGUGUGCGAAGAGUUUGACGACGCCGUCGAUGGAGAGAACGGCGAGGUGAAGCUCACGCGACGCAGGGUGUGGACGGUGAAGCACUCGCCGGACGAUUACAAGACGGGGGGGGCGUACGGGGCGAGGCCGAGCCUGGUGCUGGACGAGAGGCUGUACCCGGCACUCGAGGCUUGGCUGUUCGGACCGCCCGACCCCGAGGAGGACGCCCGAGGGUUCACGGACCGCGGGUACUCCGGCUGGGGCUGGCGCGCAUGCUUGGCGCCCAACCACGAUUACGUCUUCUCGCGGCCCAACGGUGAGCCGUGGAACGUGUCCGAGCUGUCCCGCACGUUCAGCCGGGCGGCUAUGCGUUUAACGGGAAAAAAGACAAACCCGCACCUCGUCCGCGACAUGGUCAUCACACACGUGCGCGGCGAAGGAAUAGCGACGGACGCGGAGCUCGAGGCGUUGAGCCUGUACAUGGGGCAUUCGAUCGCGAUGCAGAAGGGAACGUACGACAGGCGGACGCAGGAGCAGAAGGUUGCGCCCGCGAUUGGACUCAUGUCAGCCAUAAACGCGAGGGCGGCGGAGAAGAAAGCGAGAUAG